AUGGACCCUCUCUCGAUCACGGCCAGCAUCAUUACGAUCCUCGAGCUGACGACGAAGCUGAUGGUCUACGUCAAUGACGUACGACAUGCCACGAGAGAGCAGGCGAAGGUGGCGGUAGAGGCAAGCAGUCUUUACGGACUCCUGACCCGCCUGCGCUUCCGAGUGGAGGAAGCACGGUCUAGCGAUCCAUGGCUGAACCAAGUGAAGCUACUAGGGAGGGAGAACGGGCCACUCGACCAGUUCAAAGAUAUUCUUGAGAAGAUGGUGGAACAGAUAUCAUCGUCAAGGAAAAGAGAUCAGGUCAAAUCGGCACUGAUGUGGAAGUUCACCAAGUCGGAAGUAGAUGAUGCUUUGAAGAGGAUGGAGCGGGUCAAGUCGCUGAUCCAAUGUGCCUUGACUGAGGAUCUAUUCACACUAACUCAAGCUAUCCACGGUGACGUGGGGAAUUUGGGAAACCAGAUGGAGCAGCUUAAUAUACGUACCGAGCGGCUGCAAUCCCAUGCUGAUCAAGAGUUGCAGCAUCGAUUGUUGCAAUGGUUGGGCGUCCCAGACCCGUCAACGAAUUAUCACGCUGCUCUCAAGAAGCGACACCCAGAGACUGGAUUGUGGUUAGUAAACGGAACUCACUUCGAUAGUUGGAAAAGCUCACAAUCUUCCCUGAUGUGGUUGCACGGCAAUGCGGGUUGUGGCAAGACAAUCUUGAGCGCGGCGGCAUUGCAAAGCCUAAUCCAGCACCAGGCCUCUCAGCCGGGCAUAGCAGUUGUCUACUUCUAUUUCGACUUCAAUGAUUCUGAGAAGCAGUCGUCAAGAAUGGCGAUUCGAUCACUAUUGUUCCAGUUGGCACAACAAUCAGGUGACGGUCUACAGGGCCUGGAGCAGCUACGUCAAAAGUGUACAAGUGGACAGCCGUCUGACGAUGCAAUCCAAUCACUUCUCCAGAGCACGAUGGAACGAAUGGGAUCUAAGUACAUUGUCUUGGAUGCGCUGGAUGAAUGUACCGAUCGGGAAGAUCUCUUGACAUUUCUCUGCGAUUUAGUUAACUCAAAGCUAACCGGGCUUCGCGUAAUGGCCACAAGUCGUCGUGAGAAAGAUAUCGAAGACCACCUAAGACCGAUCUCGAACUACAACAUCGACAUCCAGAGGGCUGUUGUGGACGAGGACAUCGAGGUCUACGUUCGGGAUCGGCUAGCCACAGACCCCAAGCUGACAAUAUGGCCUGAGGUGGUCAAGGCCGAAAUCAUCACUGUGAUGAUGGAGAAGGCCAAUGGCAUGUUUCGAUGGGUGUACUGCCAGCUGGAAUCGAUUCGACAAUGUAUCAAGCUGAGAGCGCUCAGAGAAGCACUAUCAACCUUGCCCAAGACACUGGAUGAAACGUACGACCGAAUAUUACAAGAUCUGGAAUCGAGGGGCCACCUUCGUGAUGCGAUCAAGGUAUUGCAAUGGUUGUGCUACUCCAUGCGUCCUCUGAAUACGGCCGAAAUAGUGGAAAUUCUUGCCAUUGAGGACGGAGAAGAUGGAGGCUUCUUCCCAGAGGACCGUCUUCCCGACCCCGCCGAUGUUAUGGUUGUAUGCUCCAGUUUAAUCAGCUGCAAUGCUGUCAUUUUUGAUGACGGCAGUGGCAACACUAUCAUCAUUGAAGGCCAAACAACGCAGAUUCAGUUAGCUCACUUCUCUGUGAAAGAAUAUCUCCUUUCGGACCGAAGUGCGCUUCGCUCGGAUUUCCAGACCACAGUUUGUCACAGCCUGAUUUCCGAAGGGUGUCUGCGCUACCUAUUGUACCUGGCUGACGAGGGACCUCUGACUAGGAAAGUAGUGGCUCAGCAUCCACUGGCUCGGUAUGCCGCAGAGCAUUGGUGGCGGCAUGCACAAGAGAUCGAUGAAGAAGAUGGCCGUACAGUGUUUGACCUCGCAUCAAGUCUGUUAACCGUGGAAACUGGGGCCUUGUUGUUAUGGGUGCGGCUCUGCGACCCUGAUUAUCCAUGGAUCCAUUUUGACCCAUCUCUUAAAUCAACUGAUAUAGCCCAACCAUUGUACUACGCGGCUUCCGUCGGAUUGUCCAAGGUCACUAAGGAUACAUUGCUACGAACAAACGAUGUCAAUGCUCAAGGUGGACGAUAUAACACUGCAUUACAAGCCGCAGUAUAUUCAGGCCAUGAGAAUGUAGUGCGGAUGCUACUUAAUGCAGGGGCGCACGUCAAUGCCCGAGGAGGACCCCGUGGCACUGCAUUACAAGCCGCAUUAUGUUCAGGCCAUGAGAAUGUGGUGCAGAUUCUACUAAAUGCAGGGGCGCACGUUAAUACUCAAGCCGCAUUCGAUAACACUGCAUUACAAGCCGCAUCAUCUUCAGGCCAUGAGAAUGUGGUGCGGAUACUACUAAAUGUAGGGGCGCAUCUCAAUACUCAAGGAGGACACUAUAAUACUGCAUUACAAGCCGCAUCAUAUCGAGGCUAUGAGAGGGUCGUACAGAUUCUGCUAGACGCAGGGGCCGAUGUCAAUAUCCGAGGAGGACAGUAUAACACUGCAUUACAAGCCGCAUCAUAUCCAGGCCAUGAGAGGGUCAUACUGCUAGACGCAGGGGCCGAUGUCAAUAUCCGAGGAGGACAGCAUAACACUGCAUUACAAGCCGCAGUAUUUUUUGACCAUAAGAAGGUCGUACAGAUACUGCUAGACGCCGGGGCCGAUGUCAAUAUCCGAGGAGGAUAUUAUAAUACUGCAUUACAAGCCGCAUCUUAUUAUGGCUACGAGAAGGCCUUACAGAUACUGCUAGACGCUAGGGCCGAUGUCAAUAUCCGAGGGGGGUGGUAUAAUACCGCACUGACGGCGGCAUCAUUGAAUGGCCAUAAGAAGGUGGUACAGAUACUACUAGACGCUAGGGCCGAUGUCAAUAUCCGAGGGGGAGUGUUUAGUAACGCUCUAACGGCAGCGUCGAUCGACGGUCAUGAGAACGUGGUACAGAUACUGCUAGACGCUGGGGCCGAUGUCAAUACUAGAGGAUGGAGUGCACUGCAAGCGUCGCAAUGGUGUGGUCAGGACAGAAUGGAGAUCGAUACAGAGGAAGAAGAUUAUGGCAAUGCACUACAAGCGGCGUCGCUACGUGGCCAUGAGAAGGUGGUGCGGAUGUUGCUGGACGCCGGGGCGAAUGUUAAUUGUGGAGGGUGGUACGCACUGGAAGUGGCGUCGCACCGUGGCCAUGAGAAGGUGGUGCAGAUACUGCUGGAUGCUGGUGUGACUGACCCGGGGAGAAAAACCUCCGCCGCGACCUGA